CGGACAGCCGUCCACGCUGACCUCUGUGCUUCCUGCCCAGCCGGGCUUGAGCCCCCAGAGGCCCCAGGCUGCGCCGACCCGGGAUGGAUUCCUGAACGGCAGGUCUGCACGCAGCAUGCCUCCGGGCUGGGGCGGCCCCCUGCUCCUGCUGAUGCUGCAGAGUGGCUGGGGCUGCCCAGACCUCUCCUGCUAUACCGACUACUUGUGGACAGUCACCUGUGUCCUGCAGACGAGGACUCCCCACCCCCACACCCUCACCCUCACCUGGCAAGACCAUUAUGGGGAACUGGAGGAAGAAGUCACCUCCUGCAGCCUGUGCCCGAGCAGCCACAACGCCACGCACGCCCAGUACACGUGCCGCAUGGACACCCGCGUGUUCCUGAUGGACGACAUCUUCAGCGUCAACGUGACCGACGCGGCCGGCCGCGGGCAAGAGUGCGGCCGCUUCCUCCUGGCUGAGCGCGUCAAGCCGGCGCCCCCUUACAACGUGACGGUGGCCGUGGCGCCCUCGGGGCUCUGCAACGUCUCCUGGCGCUCUGACUACGACGACGACGCGGGCUUCCACGUGCUGAGGCACCGCCUGCAGUACCAGCUGCGGUACCGCGACCGCGCCGCCGCCGCCACCGGGGCCCUGAGGUCGGUGACAAAGCUGAUCUCGGUGGACUCACGCAGCGUGUCCCUCCUCCCCGGGGAGUUCCGCAGAGGCGCGAGCUACGAGCUACAGGUGCGGGCAGCGCCCCAGCCGGGCUUCUUCCAGGGCACCUGGAGUGAGUGGAGCCACCCAGUCACCUUCGAGACUCCUCCUGAGGGGCCUGAGGCAGGCUGGGAAACUUUGCUGCUGCUGCUCCUGGUGGUCUUGGCCCCCGGCCUCAUCUUCCUGGGCCUGAAGACCCACCUGCCCUGGAGGCUGUGGAAGAGGCUGUGGGCACCAGUACCCAGCCCUAAGUACUUCUUCCGGCCCCUGUACGAGGGUCACAGCGGGGACUUCAAGAAAUGGGUUGGAGCCCCCUUCACGGCCUCCAGCCUGGAACUGGCGUCGGAGGGCCCGGCCGCCCCGGCCUUGCUGCAGGUUCAGGGCCGAUGCCUGUCCCCGAGUCUGCCCAAGCCGCCGCUGCCACUGGGGCCGGCCGAGCUGCUGGAGUGUGACGGGGCCCCGGAGGCGGGCGCGGUGGCCGGCGGCCCGGGCGAGGAGGGGGACCGGCCCUACGGCCUGGUCUCCAUCGACACGGUGACGGUGAUGGACGCGGAAGGCGGAGAGGACGGGUACCCGGCCUUGAACCUGGACGCGGGGCCGGGCCCGCGGGAGCGGCUCGUGGGCGCAAGGACCGUGUCCCUCCUGCGGGGCCCGGGGCCAGGCGGCCUCCCCGGUGAGGAGCGCUGGGCCGCCCCCUGGCCAGCUGGGGCCCCUGACAGCGAGGCGGGCUCCCCCGCAGCCGGCCUGGACAUGGACACCUUCGACAGCGGCUUUGCGGGCUCCGACUGCGGCAGCCCCACGGAGGGCGACUUCACGGGGGCCCCGGAUGAGGGGCCCCCCAGGAGCUACCUCCGCCAGUGGGUGGUCGAGGGUCCGGAGCCUCAGGCCACCUAG